CCCUAUCUUUGAUCAGUGCUUUGAAGUUCAAGGAGCUGGCUUGUUGGUUGGUGAGCCAGCCAUGUGUAAUUUCCUGGGAAGCAUGCAGAGUGGGUGCUGUAUCUGGUGGGCCCCUUCUCCAGAAGUGGUCCCAGCUGGGAGGUAGUCACUUGGUGCUCAGCAUCCCCUGAGGUCAGAUCCUUGGACAGAGGCCCCUGGCCAAGGGGGCAGUAUGGUUGGGCCACAUCUCGCAAUCUGUGAGGACCAGCAUGACUCCAGGUGGCAGGCAUGGCCUGAGGUCCCAGGCCUCUUGCACUCCCUUCUUAAUGUGCCAGGCCUGGGCACAUCGUCUUCCUGGCUGUGUGCAAGCAGUCUUGGCAACCUCCAGUGGCUCUGUGUCUGUGCUCCAGAUAAAAUAGCAGAUGUGGUCCUGGCCCUCAGGAGCCUUGCAGGGGCAACUGGAAGGCAAAAGCAGGGGUACAUAAGAUAGCAGUGUGCCCACAUGUGUGUCUGGGGAUGCUUUAAACAUACCUCCCACACAGAGGAGAAAGUGCAGAAACUUUACUUGGAGAGGGAGACCACAGUUGACCUUUUGAAUUUCUGCUGCAGUAAAAAAUCAGCAGUUGGAACUGAGCAUGAUCUAGAUUGUGAUCCUCAAGGAUGAGAGCCAUUGUUCAGUGUUUAACUUAGUGGAUGUCAGGGGAACUGACCUGAGCACCCACCUCAGCUGCUGGACAAAGCACAUAGCUAAGGAAGAGCAGCCAAGUGAUCACAUCUUAACCGUCUUGGUUUCAAGUUCUAAAUCUAGGGCAGGAAAGGAAGGUUGUGCACAGUGCAAUUUUGGGUCUCUCUGCCUGCAGAGCAGGUUGGGUUCUUCCUAGCCUCGAACAGAAACCUUUUCACUGGGUUAGAACUGACAGUGUGCAUGAAACUCACAUCAGACCUCAGAGGAUUUAUUUAUCUCCUUUGCCAUUCCUGAGAAAUAGACCCUAGUAUCAGAGGUGCUUUUAUGCUUUUACUUAGAAAUUUCAGACACUUUAUGCUGGAAGAGAUCUCAAAAAAGGCAUUUUCCAGGGUGCGUGAGUGGCUUAGUCGGUUAAACAUCUGACUUCAGCUCAGGUCAUGAUCUCUCAGUUUGUGAGUUCAAGCCCUGCUUGACAGCUCAGAUCCUGGAGCCUGCUUCAAGAUUCUAUGUCUCCCUGUCUCUUUUCCCUUCCCCUCCCUCAAAAAUAAACAUUAAAAAAAUUUUUUAAGGCAUUUUCCUCAACCCAACACAGUGUUGUUUAUGAGCACACAGGCCUGGCUUUCCUCAGGAAAAGUGACUUUCUUGUUCUUAGUUGGGCUAUCAAAGUAAUUAAUGUCAAAGUAGCCCAUUACCCAAGCUGCUGAUGGGGAACUUCAGUCAUGUGGUGUCUGAGCUGCCUCUCUGUGUCAGGCUGGGUGGCGUGGACCGACUGUAGAGGGAAUGUCUGGCUUGAAGCAUGGCUCAUCCAUGAUGGCUUCUCACGGGCACCCCCAAUGUCUGUCCAUUCCACAAGUUGUUUCUCUGGCAAAGCUCAGAAACACUAGUUUCUGAAAUUUAUUUUUUAAAAACUAGGGUUUUUUUUUUGUUUUGUUUUGUUUUUUGUAAAUACAAAUAAUGCAGCCCUCUUUUAUAUGCUUCCAGUGGUCUGACUUUAUGAGAAAAAGCUUUCCCCACAUGGACCAGAGGUUCCUCCCACCCUCGCCUACAUUUUAUUAUGAAAAUUUGGAAACACAGAAUGAAGAUGAAAGAAUCGUAUUGUGAACAGCCAUGUACUCAUCACCUAGAUUCCACCUUUGAUGCUUCACUACUCAAGUGUGUCCACCUGCCCAUCCAUCUGAUUUCAGAGUCAGUUGCCAGCAUUGGUAUAUUUCCCCUAAGUGCUUCUACCUGGACAUCAGGUUUACCUGUCACUCUUCCUGCUUCAGGCCAGCUGCCAGCUUGGGGUUCUGAGGUCUUCAGAUGCCUCCAGAAGCCCUGCAGCCUCCCCCUGGACACCCCUGAGAGCCGGGUUCGUGGCAUCUGGGAAAAGCUCGGUGUUGGCAGUAGCGGCCACCUCAGCGAGCAGGAGCUGGCUGUGGUCUGCCAAAGCAUCGGGCUCCAGGCACUGGAGAAGGAGGAACUGGAGGACCUGUUUAACAAACUGGAUCAAGAUGGAGACGGCAGAGUGAGUCUUGAGGAAUUCCAGCUUGGCCUAUUCAAUCACGGGCCCACUUCACUUCCAGAGUCUUCCACUCCCAUCAAACCGAGCAUGUCCUGGUCUCAUCACCAGGUCCUGGAGGAGGGCAGCUGCCAGACUGCCACAACAUCAUCCCUGGUGUCCAUGUGCUCAGGCCUGCGCCUCUUGUGCAGUAUUGAUGAUGGCACCGGCUUUGCCUUUCCUGAGCAGCUCAUCACCCUGUGGGCCCAGGAGGGGAUUCGGAACAGCAGAGAAAUCUUGCAGAGUCUUGGCUUCAGUGUGGACGAGAAGGUGAAUCUUUUGGAGCUGACCUGGGCCCUUGAGAAUGAGCUCAUGAUGGUCGGUGGUGCCACUCAACAGGCAGCCUUGGCCUGCUACCGCCAGGAGCUGAGCUUCCGCCAGGGACAAGUGGAGCAGAUGGCAAGGGAGCGAGACAAGGCGAGGCAGGACCUGGAGAAAGCUGAGAAGAGGAACCUGGAGUUUGUGCAAGAGAUGGAUGACUGUCACUCUGCCCUAGAGCAUCUCACGGAGAAGAAGAUCCAACACCUGGAGCAGGGGUACCAGGAAAGGCUGAGCCUCCUGCGGUCUGAGGUGGAGAGGGAACGUGAGCUGCUCUGGGAGCAGACCUGCAGGCAGACAGCUGUGCUGGAGAAGGACCUGGAGCGUCUGCGGGGCGAGGAGGCCAACCUACGUGGGAAGCUGACUCUGGCCCUGAAGGAAAACAGUCGAUUACAGAAGGAGAUUAUUGAAGUUGUGGAAAAGCUUUCGGAAUCAGAGAAGCUGGUCUUGAAAUUGCAGAAUGACCUGGAAUUUGUGUUGAAGGACAAGCUGGAGCCACAGAGUACAGAGCUCCUGGCCCAGGAGGAGCGGUUUGUAGAGGUCCUAAAGGAAUACGAGCUCAAGUGCCGGGACCUGCAGGACCACAACGACGAGCUGCAAACUGCACUGGAAGGCCUGCGGGCACAGCUGCCUCCGAGUUGGCGUGGCCGUCCCCAUGCACAGCCAGAGGAACGGCUGCUCUCUGGACAUGGCCCAACAGGUAGGAGCCCAGUCCUGGGAGGCAUCACUUCAUUUGUGGGUGAUUGCAUUCCAGUGAGUUUAGAAACCGAGAUAAUGAUGGAGCAGGUGAAGGAACACUACCAAGACCUCAAGAUCCAGCUGGAGACCAAGGUAAAUUCCUAUGAAAGGGAAAUGGAGGUGAUGAGAAGGGACUUUGCAAAGGAGAGGGAGGAAAUGCAGCAGGCCUUCAGGCUUGAGGUCCGUGUGUUGGAGUGCAGGAGGGCCGACCUGGAGGUGCUGCUCAUGAAGUCUCAGGAGCUCAUCCGAGGCCUGCAGGACCAGCUCCAGCAGGCUUCCCACAGCCCCUUGACAGAGAGGGCAGUGUUGGGACAGUGCUGUGCACAGGCGCUAUCUGGCCCAGCCCAGCGGCUGGCCCAGGAACAGGACCCACUGGAGCAGGAGCAGCGCCAGAGGCAUCGGAAGGAGCUUCAGCGAGUCAGGAAAGAGGCAGAAGUUGAGUUGAACCACAAGCUCUCAAGGACGGAAGCCCAGCAGACUGCCCACUCUAAGGACUUAGCGCUGCAGCCUCAGCAGGAGAAGGAAGAGCAGAAACACCUGCUGCAAGUCCAUGAGGUGAUAGAGCAGCAUGAUCUGGAGAAGGAGCAGAGGGAGGGCAAAGGGAAGGAGAUCCUCCCACUCUGUGGAAGGCAGCAGCUAAAGCUGCAGGAGCUGACAGGUGAGGAGCAGAUGCAACCGUGCAGGUCCUCUGCCCUGGAGAAGGAAAGACUGGAGCUUGCCUGUAGGAAGCAAAUGGGAAGGCUUAUGCAGGAAGAAGACAUGCUGCAGGCCUGCUUGAAGGAUGGGCCAGCAGUGGCAGGUGGUGACCAAGAAGGUAUGGGUGGCCCCAUGCCCCUCUGUGCAGGCAGGAGGGAGCAGUCACUGGUGCGGCAGGAACCUGGUGCUGGGCAUGGCCAUGGGCAAGCCAGGCACAGGGAUGUGCCAGGCCGGUACUUGUGCCAUAUGGACCCCAGGCAGAGCCCAGCCCUAGACCCUGCCUUGGCCUGCAGAGGGUCCUUGGAGAACCUUGGCCUCAGAGAGGAUGGUCAGGGUGUACUUGACCCUGAGGAGGUAGCUUCUGCCCCCCCAGGGAGGUGGUUACAGGUGCAUCAACGUGGGGUGGACAAGAGAGCAGUCCUAGAGGAGCUGGUACCUCCUGCCAUUGGCCCAUCUGGUCUGAAUCAGCCUGAAGCCCAGGAGCUGCUCUGGAAGACAGAGGGAGAUGCCUCACCAGCUCAGCCCCCAACAUCAGGCAGAGGAGAGACCGAGAGGCAGCCAGCCAUUCUUGAGCGAGCUGGGAACCUGAGUGGGGGGCUGGCCCCCAUGGGGAGCCAAGGGCAGGCCUUGGAGGAACAGGCCCGGUGUGGGAACAGCACCCUGGAGCAAGGGCUGCAGCACAGCAGUGACAAGGCCAAGGAGGGCACCUUGUUCUCCCACCUGCACCUUGCUGACCCCCAGGGAGCCAGGCAGGAACAGCUUGAGGUCCUGCGGGAGGAAGAGGCCAACAUGGCUCUGGAGCAAGAGAAGGAUGGCAUGAAAACCAAACUGCUACAGCUGGAGUAUGUCGUUUGGGCUCUUGAGAAAGAAGCAGAUGCAAGAGAGAACAACAGAAUCGAGUUGGAUAGGCUUUCUGAAGAAAAUACAUUGUUGAAAAAUGAGCUGGGAAGGAUUCAGCGAGAGCUUGAAGCUGCAGAAAAGACAAAUGAUGCACAGAGGAAGGAAAUCGAGAUUUUAAAGAGAGACAAGGAAAAGGCCUGCUCUGAAAUGGAGGAACUCAACAAACAGAGUCAGAAAUGCAAGGAUGAAGUGUCCCAGCUCAAUCACAAGAUCCUUCAGCUAGGAGAGGAGGCCUCUGUCCACCAGGCCCAAGACGAGAAGAACCUCAUCAACAUUCAGCUGUUAACACAGAGACUGGAGGAGGCCGGGCACCAGGAGGAGCUGCAGAGUGAGCUAAUCCAAAAACUUGAACUUGAACUUGAACACAUGAAUCAGGAAUGUCAGAGCCUGAGACUGUCACAGUCACAGCUGAGAGAGACCCUUGAAGAAAGUCAAAAUCAGCUGCAUGGAGCCAACCUGAGGCUAAGGCUGGCACAGUCCCAGCACUCAGAGGAGGUCCACCAGCUGCAGGAGCAGAUUCAGUGGCUGGUGCCUCAGGACCACAUGGCCGAGCUGCAGCAGCUACUGGAAGAGGAGCGGCAGGCCACUCAGCAGCUCCGUGACGAGUGCAUUCUCCAGAAGGAGAAGGGGAGGCGGCUGGAAACACAGUGGGAAGAACAUGAAAAGGAGCUGAAAGACACUGAAGAGCGGGUGGAAGAGGUGGGAAGAGCUCUGAAGAACGUGGACAUGCUCCUCCAAGAGAAAGUAGCUGAGCUGAAAGAGCAGUUUGAAAAGAACACAAAAUCUCAUUUGCUGCUCAAGGAUCUCUAUGUGGAAAAUGCUCACCUGACAAAGGCACUUCAGGUCACCGAAGAGAAACUACGAGAUGCUGAGAAGAAAAACUGUAUCCUGGAAGAAAAAGUUAGAGCUCUCAACAGACUCAUCAGUAAGAUCGCUUCAGCUUCCCUCUCUGUGUGAAGGUUGCUUGUUUUCCUGGAAUUCAUUUUGAAAGAAUAUCUUUUAAAAUUAAGCCACCAUGAUGUCAUAAUAUCCUAACGUUCAUUGGUUGUGCACCCUUGGACAUAGAUUUCUGAUUUCUUGUUCACCUUACACACGUUUAAAAAUGUCUACUGUGCCAGCUGCUCAGGAAAUAGACAUGCUGGAAAAGACUACAUUUUUAUUAGUAGUCCUGGGUAAUUUCUCCAGUAAAAUUCUCAGUUUUGCUACUCAUUGGUGAAACAAUUAUGGGUAGCUUUCAGUGAAGUAAGAUUAAAAGAAAAAUGGUAAAAUCAAUCAAUUUCAAUGUUGUACCUUUGACCUUGGCUACAGAGAGUAAAAUGAAAAAUAAGGGCUCUGGACAGUUUCAUCUUUUCACUGUUACUGCUUUGGGUUUAGAUCAUUAGCAUUCUCAAGCUGUGUCUGUACAAACAUUCUAGAAAGACUCCUUGCUGAGACUGUCAACCCUGCAAUCAAAGACAAUGGAGGGGAAGCGCCCUCUUCAGGGACUGCUCUACCACAGGAAGAUGUUUGGAGAGUGCUUAUUUUAGGUCUGUGGUCUCAGGGAUGAUGGUAUUGCGAAUGCAAUCUUUCCCUCAUUGAAAUGUCAUCACACUGGAAAUUGUAUUAUAUGUAAAGAAAAAAGAAAAGUCUAGUUUUAUAUCCAAAAUAUACAUAAGUUAUGGUUAUUUGGUUUAUGAGAAUAAACUACUGUACAAUGAAGAGUCACUGUAUUUACAAAAACUCUUUUCUAUUAAAAUUGUUUUAACUUCUAA